UUGAAGGAAGUUUGGACGCUAACGACCUGAGAGCGGCUGUGAGGGUGAAGGAGGGGUACAGGAGCUGAUUGAAAGUGGAAAGCUGCUUUUAAAGAAUGGGAGAAGUGAAGAAUGAGACAAAGUUGCACAUAACUCCUGAAACACCAGGGCGGCCUCCUGUUUUGAACCCUUUUGAGAGUCCCAGCGAUUAUGCAAGACUGCACAAGUCAGUGAUUCCCAGCCCUUCUGUCUUCAGACUGGUGAAAAACCCUGAUUCUGACACUCCUGGAAAAUUUAAAUGGUCCAUUGGUGAGCUUGCCAUUUUACAUCCAAUUGAUAUUGAUCCAGAAGAUGUUCACCAACAAUCAGCAUAUAUGAGCUGCAUCAGAUUAGAUAACGAGAUUGAGGCAAAAAACCAAAAAGCCAUUGAAGAGUUUUUUUCUAAUAGUGUCAUUGUACCUUCUCCUUGGACUCAAACUGAGGGGAAACCAAUUCCACAGUUUCAUCGAACCAAAUGCUCAUCCUGGAAUAGGAAUUCUUCAGUUCACUCGAAAGAAUCUAAUGUGUUACCUGGGAAGCAUAAUGCAGCUUGUCAAACCUUAUUGUCAUUACCUGUGAACUUUGAUCUAGAACAAAUGAUAGGUGAAUACUAUAAAUCAGAAGAGUCUGCUGACCAGUUGCAUGAAAGUUUAAGUGCCUCUUCACUUCGAAGGAAACUAUUUAUAGAUGGUGAAAGAAGUUGCUCUGAUGGCUCGUUCCUCCCUUCUCCAGAGGAAAGUCAUUGUGCUGGUCUUAUCCAAUCCCAUGGACAUCUGUGUUCUUUGGAGUCCUCUCCAGUUCUAUGUAAGAGUACUAUAAAAACUCCUAGUUCUGGGCAAUUUUCAUCAAGUCCUAUCCAAGGUGCAGGAAGAGCGUACAGUUUAGGGAGCAAUACAAGCCCCAUGUUUCCAGAGAAGUUUUCUCCAAAUCCUGUAACACCAGCUUUGUCUCCGAUUGGACUUCAGUUUGACAGAAUACCAUUUCCAGGAGGGAAGGAUUUUGCUUUCAUGUCUCCUGUUACUCCUUCUGCAGUGAUCUUGGAAGGGAACUUCGACCACUGCACAGCAUCUCCUUUCAUAGAAGGAUGUUCACCCAUUAAAACAUGCCCUCCUGUGAAUCCCAGGCUGCCUAUUCUUUGUCACACGCCUCCCGAUAAGAUAACUUUUCCACAUGAAUACAGAGUUGAACAGAGAAUCCAUUCUGCGGCAGAAACUAACAAGCAGCUUGAAAUGGAUGCAAAGUUAUCUUCAUUUCUCAAAGCAGACAGUAAAACAAAUUGCAUUAUGUCUCACAAGCUUUUGAUCAGUGAAAACACAAUGGCCCUUGAAGAUGAGAACGAAGAUCAUACUGUUGAUAUGGCAGAUCUGGGAACAAAUGAAGGGAUUGAUAGCAUUUGGAUAAAGGAAAACAUAGCAAAUAUUAGUAUCCCAAUAACUAGUUCAAUGACUGGAAUUGCAUUUAAUGUGGAUAGCCCUCAUCUGUAUUCAUCACCAUUAGCAGAAAGCAGUGCAAUUCCUUUUGAGAGCAUUAGUAUCCAGGCUGAUAGUGGAUAUAAUACACAAGCCACUUCUGCGAGUAACAUAGCGGAUGUUAUUGGAACAGAUAGCCAGCUUGAUAAAGAGCAUUUAGAACCACAGACACUAGUUGGAACUUUACCUCUAAAUAAGCUUGAUCCAAAACCUCUUCUGGAUUUUCCUACCUCGGAGUUUAAAGAGAACAAAGACGUAUUAGGAAUAAACACAUCUACUAAUUUAAAUAAGGCUUUUCCUGUCAACAGACUGUGUACAACACAUGAUAUUGUGUUAAGCCAAAACAUUUGUUACCUGAAUACUUGGAAAAAUUCUUGUGAACAAACAUUAAGUAGAAUACUUAAAAAGAAUGCAAGAUUUUCUCCACCUCAGCUACACGAGAUGUCAUCUUGUUUUUUACGACAACCCCUUGAAAUGACAGUGGAGGAACCUGAACCCAUUGACGAUAGCUCCAUGUCUUUAUUUUAAAGCAAAAAUAGUUUCUAAAGUUAAUUUGUUGACUAUGAAUGUAACAUUCAUUGUACAGGUCUCAGUCUGGCUCACUCGUAAUCUGAAAACAUAAUCACCAGAACUCCAAUCAGCUCUUCUAAAGAUAUUAAUUGCAUGUAGCUAUUUAUAAAGUGCCUGAAUUUACUGGUCAGUUGCUCACCCAUAAAUCAUGCACAAAGCAAUUCCAAUCUUGUAUUUUUCAUACAAUCUGAUACAUAAGCAAUUAGCCCCAUUGUUCAACAUAUUUGUCAACUAUGUUCUUAUAGCCUAGCAUGUAUUGUACUUUAAUCCAAAAGUUAUUAUGUAUAGAGAAGGAAUGAAUUGAGAAUUAUUUAACAAUCUAAAAUCAGUGGCAUCUUGCCAUCUUUUCAAACAUUAGCCACUGCACCUAAAUCACGACUUUAGCACUCUUGAGAAAGAUGUUCUUGGAAGCACUGCAAAACAAGUACAAUUAUGUAUACAUUUGAACAAAAUGGCUUUUCAAAGAUUCUAGUCUGAAUUUGGCUUCUGAUUUCAGUAAAUUUUAAAUUGCAAAAAAUAAAUUCAGUGUUUACAAUUUAGACCCACAGGUCUAUCUAUAAUGGUCGACCUGCAAUAUUUUAUACUGAAAAUUAACUACAUGUACUUAUAAAAAUCUCAAUAUUGAAUAAAGUUUCUAAAUAUUGUAUUUUUUUUAUUUUCUGGUUUAAUGUAAUUUUCAUAUUGAAGAAUUUUGAAGCUUCAGGUUGGCACCAAUAGCGUGUUUCCUGCAACACUUUGCUUUGCUGAUUGAAACAACAGUUUAAGACAAAUAGCAAAUUACCAUUUUCCAGGAGUUUAAAAGAAGAAUUUCAAGUCUGAGCUAGAGCUAAGUUAUUCUGGCACCCACUUGCCAUUUUGUAUUAGCAGAUAAUCUAAUACCGCUUUUAAAAACAGAGAGGUCAUUUUAUUCCAUGCACGAUUUUAGGGCUCAGUUCUAAAAUUAACCUCUAGCGAAGUAUGGACUAUAGAUCAGAAUUUCAGCUCUCAACAUGGGGUUACAUAUUAAAUGAAUCAUAAGAACAGGCCAUGCGUUUCAACAUCCUGGUAUAGACAUUCCAUUUGAGCCCCCCUCCAUUUAUUUUAUCUAUCAAAUCAUUAUUUUCCAUUGUGUUUGUUUAACAUCCCCUUAAUUGUAAUUAUGGUCUGCUUCACCCACUCCAUGUUAUUAACAAGUAACACAUUUUCAAUAUUCUUUAAUUACAAAAGGUUCUUCUAAAUUUCCUAUUGAAUUCCCUGAUGACUUUUAUAAUGCCCUCUAGCUAUGCUUUUCCUAGUGAGAAAUGUUUCCACUUAUUCACACCCUUCACAAUUUAAAAGAUCUCUUUUAGAUCACCUUGGUUUUAAGAGAAAAACAUUCAGGUUCUUCAGUUGUGCUACUUUCAAUUACGAGGAGACUUGGCUUACUUAUUUGACACUAUAUCAUAAAUGAAUUCUAAAAUUAGCAAGAUCACACAAUUUUCUUACAGAUAUUUUAAAAUACUUAUAUGGAUGCAGACAUAGGAUGAUGGAGAAUAUUGUGUUGACUGAGCUGAAGUUCUAUUUCAAUUCAACAACAGUGUUACUGAUCCUGUAGUCAAACAAUUGGCAGGGUGGGUUUUAACAUGACUUACCGCAGUGUGUUUAAACUAAAUCACAUUCAUUUAUUUUUGUUUGGUUUAUACUCACGCAGGACCAAUUGCACCAAACGCAUUCUGUGGACUGAGACAGUCAUGCAGGUUUAUGAUUUCAGUGAGUGAUUUUUGGGAAUAUUCAUGAAACUGAACCUUAUUUAUGCACCUGGAGAUUUAUUUUAAUGUCAUCCUUUGUUGUUUUGACUUCAAAUUUAUCAAUGUUUGACACAAAACAUGGAUCACACCAACCAAAAUAAAGUUGGAAUUAAGAUUUU